AUGGAUGUUGAUGAACUUCUCAACUAUCAACCAGAUAAACCACAACCCAGCAAACGGUCUGUACCUAAUUCAACACUUCCAACGACAACAGUAGCUAAACGUGCUAAAAAGUCGACUGAUUUUGCGCCUUUUUCUGCCAAUGGAGCAGCAACAGGUAGCAAUAUUGCAUCGCUGAGUACGGAUGAAAAAGAAAAAUUAUUAGAAAUGUUAGAAAAUGAAUCAAAUAAUGAACCAUUAGAUGAAACAUCAUUGAAACGAAUGAUAUCACAACUUGAGAAAAGAAUUCUCAAAAAUCAAGAAAUGCGCAUCAAACAUCCAGAUCAUCCAGAAAAAUUUAUGGAAUCAGAAAUGGAAUUAAACGAUGGUAUUCAAGAGCUUCAUCAAGUAGCGGCACAGCCCGAUCUAUACCAUAUUAUUAUUAAUAUGAAUGGCGUUCAAUUACUACUUGGACUUUUAACACAUGAAAAUACAGAUAUAAGCAUUGCUGUUGUUAAUCUUUUACAAGAAUUAACUGAUGUUGAUACAUUGACAGAAAGUGGAGAACAAGCAACAUUAUUAAUUGAUGCUUUGGCUGAACAACAAAUUGUCUCGUUGUUAGUACAAAAUAUGGAUCGUUUAGAUGAAAAUAUUAAAGAAGAAGCGGAAGGAAUUCACAAUUCAUUAGGUAUAAUUAUUACCAUUUAUCUUACUCUCAUUCAUUGUUUAUUUUUACACUUAGCUGUUGUUGAAAAUAUGACUGAAUUUCGUCCAGUUACAUGUAUUGAUGCAUGUAAACAAGGAUUACUGCAAUAUUUAUUAAAACGUUUAAAGAUUAAGUCACCAUUUGAUUCAAUUCGUUUGUAUUGUUCAGAACUAUUGUCGAUAUUAUUACAAAAUCAUGAUGAAAAUCGACAAACAUUGGGUGAACUAGAUGGAAUUGAUAUAUUGUUACAACAAUUAGCUUAUUACAAACGACACGAUCCUCAAACGAGUGAAGAAUAUGAAUAUAUGGAAAAUUUAUUUAGUUGUUUAUGUUCAGCUUUAAUAUUUGCAAAUAAUCGACAAAAGUUUUUGAAAGGUGAAGGACCACAUUUAAUGAAUAUUAUGUUAAAAGAGAAGAAAGCAUCGAGAAACGGUGCUCUACGUACACUAAAUUUUGCUAUGACGGGUUCUGAAGGAAAAGAUAAUUGUCAAAAAAUUGUUGAUAUUCUCGGAUUAAGAACAAUAUUUCCAUUAUUUAUGAAACCACCAAAAGGAAAUCGUAAAGCUGGAGAAACGCGUGCUGAAAAUGAAGAACAUUCAAUUUCUUGUGUGGCAUCAUUACUUCGAAAUUGUACGGGAUCAAAUCGACAACGAGUGUUAAUGAAAUUUACCGAAAAUGAUCACGAAAAAGUUGAUAGAUUAAUGGAACUUCAUUUUAGAUAUCUUGAACGUGUUCGAACUACUGACAAUGAAAUAGAGAAAGAACGACGAACGUUACAAAACUAUGAUGAUGAUGAGCAAGAUCAAGAAGAUGAAAUUUAUAUGAAACGAUUAGAUGCCGGUUUAUUUACACUACAAUUACUUGACUAUAUACUUGUUGAAAUAGCAUCAGCUACGAAUAUACCUUCGAUUAAACAACGUAUAUUACAAAUAUUAAAUUUACGAAAUGGAACAACAAAAGAAAUAAAAAAUAUUGUUCGUGAAUAUGCAAGUAAUUUGGGAAAUAAAAAUACGGAAGAAAAAGAGCGUGAAAUUGAAAAAGAACAUUUACUAGAACUUAUUGAAAAAUUUUGA